AUGAGUGAUCUUAUCAAAAGUGAUAUUGAAAAAAUUGAACAAGCUUUGAAUAUUUGUAUUGAUGAUGUUGGUAUUGAUAUACAAUUAAAUGAUGGAUAUGGGCAAUGUCUUUCAAUGAUAUGUCUUGAAGAACAGAUAAAACAAGGCAAUAUUGAUUCAUGUUAUAGAUCGGUUGAAAAUUUGAUUCCGAUUGAUCAUCGAAUUGAUAAAUCAUCAUUGAUUCAAUGUGCAGCAAAAGUCAAUUUGUCUUAUCAAAAGAAUUUAUUUGAAUUAUUGAAACAUUGUCAAUCGAUUGUAAUUAUUCCAUCAUGA